UGUCAAACGGUUCGUUGAGUUGAGGUUACUUUUUAAUUUAUGAACGAUUUUAUUAGCAAUAUUGAAAUACAUUUCAUUUAUUUCUUUUAUACAAAAUAACUGAGUUAAAAUUAGUUAAUAUUUCGACGGCGGAUUUUAGUUGGAUUCGUUUAUUAUUGCUAAGAAAUUAGCAGAAACAUUGGUUACCUAUUUGAACUUCUUUAUUUUUGCCAGGUAAAAAGUCAAAUAAUUAGAAAUGGGUAAGUAUUCAAGCGACUCAGACCAUGAGAAAAGAAGCUCUAAAAGAUCUCACAAAGGUAGUCGUCACAGAUCUAGUUCAUCUGACAGUGAACCGAGAAGUAAACGGACUCAUAGGAGGUCAAGAUAUUCGUCUAGAAGCCAAAGUAGAGAAAGAUAUUCAAAAUCAAGACGUAGUAGGAGUUCAUCAAGACACAAAUCCUACAAGUCAAAAUCAAGUAAAUAUUCCCCCAAGGAAUAUUCGCGGCACAGACCAGGACGUUCACAUUCACGUGAUUCCCGUGAUAGAAAUUAUAGAUCAAAAUCAAAAGACAGAAACAGAUCUAGAAGAUCUAGGUCACGUUCUUAUAUAAAGGAAUUUGUAAGCAGUAAAAGGAGCACAUCUUCCAGUUCCAGUUUUUCUAGUGACAGUGAUUCGACUUCAUCAAAUAAAAGAAAUGCUCAUAAAAAGUUAAAAACCGAAAAGUUAAAUUAUAGUGAUAAACAAAUUAAAAUAGAAGAUACUGUCAUGCCUGCUGUAGAUUCUAAAGUGAUUGAAGAAAUCAAUUCUGAGAAAUUUGUUCAAAAAAAAUUCUUCUCUGAUGGCAACAAAAAAGUCCUAGAUAAUAUUGUUAUAGAUUUAAGAAAACAGACAAUUAAAGUUCCAGAGGUUGAACCAGCUGAACUAGACAGCAUAUUUCAUCACAAUUUAUUUUUAAAUGAAGAAGUUCGAAUGGAAAAGUGGGUGAAAGAAUUGUACUCAUACAGGCAAAGGGCAUUACAACAAGGAUUUAAAAGUUCACGCCGACUUCACUAACCAUUUCAUAUAAACAAAAUUUUUUCCUAUUUAUAAAAUAAUAUACCAAUAAGUUCUGUACCUUUCUUUAAAUAGAUGUAACACUAUAUACUUUA